GCUUUAAAUUUGGCGAUCUUAAACAAUUCUAGCGAAGCUUUUGAAGAGCUUUUACAACAAUUUAUUAAAAAGCAAAAUAAAAUGUCUACAGAAUCUUCCGAAGAUUCUAAUAACAUUAAUAAUAUCACAGAUCCGAUUCAGCACAAAGGGAAAGGCCGACCUACAAAUAAAAGAUACUU